UUAAGGUGGGCUCAGUUUGUUAGUGAAUCAGUUAGUAUUGGGCUUUCGUGCGGAUUGGUAGCGUAGAUAAAAUCGAUAAACACAACUGAACAGAAUUUUGAAAAAAUACAAGCAGACGUUGAGAUACAAGAUACGCGACAUAGUACGUGCACAUACGGAUAUUAUUAUUUUAUUUUUGUGGAAAAUAUCUAAAAUAAAGUGUUGUUUUUCUAUGAAAUUAAUGAAAAUUUAAAAAGAAAAUAAAUUGGCAAAAAUCAAAGAAAUCUAAUGAAAAAGUGCAUGUGUAAAAGAUAAAAAGAUUAUCAUUUAAUAUCUUUAAGAAACCGUGUGCUUGAGAUAAAAUAACACACAAACAAAUUAAAGAAAAACAACAACAACUAAAUAAAGUAUCUUUAAAAUACGUAGUGCGUGCAUAUCAAAUAGUUUGAAAGUUUUAUGCAGCAGCGCCAGCGUCAGUCAGACAGCUAGAUUGCCAGUUAGUUAGUCAGUCAGUCAGUGAGUGAGUGUGUGAGUUUAGCAAGUGCUGUGUUUUUGUGCAUUCAAACGAGAACGAGUUUCAAAAAAACCCAAAUUUGUUUCUACUUUUCGUUGCGUGGGUGUAUGUGUUUACACGAAUCUCAUCGAAUUAAAAGUAUAAAUAUACAAAAUACAACAACAACAAUAACAACAAUACUAAAAAAUAGUGAAAAUAUCCAUAAAAUCAUAACAACAACAUCAACACCAACAAAAGUUAUUUUUACUUUUUGGAGUUUUAAAAUAUCAAUGAAAACGAGUUAAGUGCAAUAAUCGUUUGUAGGCCACUCUGAAACCAAAAAGUAAGACACAUUAUGAACCUGUAUUGAAUGCAGAAAAAAGCCAAACUACUAAAAAAUCGCCAACUGUAAAAAAGCCUUAGUUAGAACUUAUUUCACUUGUAAAGAAACUCAUUUAUCUCUAAGAAAAUGCCAAGAUUCUGAAUGAGAUUGUUUUUGUCACCAUCAAAAACUAACCAGCGAAAAACAAAGAAAAUCCAUUGAAACGUUGCUUUGGAAAGCUUGAAGCUGAGGCAAGAGACUUGUGGUAAAAAAAAUAACAAAAUAUAAAGCUCGUAGUAAAAUCAGCUAAGAUGAAACCAGAUUUUGUUGUUUGUUUAAAUUCGUUGCUGUUAUUGUUGUUUUCAACGUAUAGUAUGCUAAACAUAAAUUAAAACAAAAACACAAUUUUGUUUUCAAACCCAACAAUUCAGCCAAACAAACAAACAGUGAACGAGCGAGUGAGUGAGUUGGAGUCAGAGAUAAAAAACCACAAUAAUAAUAAAAAUAAUAUUAACAACAAUAACAAAAGUGGCAGCAAUAGUAGCAAACAUAAAGGUGAGGAGAGGAGACAAGUGUACGAAGUAGAAGUGACCUACAAAGACAGGUUUAUGAUUUUACUUCGCAUUUGCUACAGCACAGACUAAAGCAAAGAACCACUUUGCUAGACCCAGUUGAGACAGACAACAACAACUUGAAAAAACCGACAACGACAACAAUAACAACAAAAAAAAACCAGUCAGCCAGGCUUUAUUCCAGCAGCAACAUAUUGUGGUAAACAAACCAACCAACAACGAAAAAUGGCAACCACAACAUUUACAACUAUGAUACCUACCCCUCAACCCAAAAAACCGGGACCUCCCGUACCACCCAGACCACAACAAUCAAGUUUAUUAAAAACACAACAACGUGAUGUAUCAUCAUCUUCAUCGGCGGCGGCAGCAACAUCACAACGUUUAAUGAGCAAAGUAGGUCUAGAACAACCACAGAUUCUUAAAAAGCCCAUAAUAGCAAACGCCAGCCACGGCGGCAGCAACACGACACCGGCAACAACAGUCUCUACUUCAGUUACAACAAGUGGCGGUCGCACGGUUAUCUAUAAAUCACCAUCAUUGAAUUUGCAAAAGCGACAAGAAGAACGUGAGAAUCGUAAUGAAGCCAGUACUCAGACAACAACAACUGCCAUUACAAGAACAACCUCGGCAGCGGCAGCAACAACAGCAGCAGCAACUAAAGCAAAAUUAGCAAAUGGCACGCAGGCACCUAAACCACCGUUAAAAUUGAGAAAAGCUCCCGAUGUGCCCACAAAUUUCAAACCACGCAUAACGACGCCACAACCGGAAGUUAAAGAAACCGUAACAAAAUUAAGCAACAACAGCAUCAGUAAUACAAGCAACAAAAACAACAGCAACACUAACACUAACAAUGACAACAAUAUUGUAAUUGUGCAAUCAGCUCAGGGUGUAGUUACAUUAAAUCGCCAUCACUCCAUGGGUGCUGGUUCACCUCAAAACAAACCCUCAGCUCUGGCCAAAGACACACGUCUAAGCUUGGGCAAGGCUGAUUUUGAAAGAGUUGGCGCUAAAAUACAACUGCAACAAUUGCAGCCUUCUCAACCCUUGCCGAAACCACGAAAAAUUGUUAAAGUUCCCGUUGCAACAUUAGAUGUAGAGGAUACGAAAUCCUCUGCCACCACACCCUCCACCUCAUCCUCAAACACUCUGCAUGUGAAUCUCUUUAAACGCUCGAAAACUUCAAUAGAAAAUUUUACCUCACGUUCAAACAUCACCACUGUGAAUACCAGCACCACGGGCAGCUAUUUGUCGGGCAAGACGGUGGAAAUCAAAAAUAAUCUUAAAAAUGCCGCCGAACGUUUGUUCUCGGAAAUAAUGGUGAAUCAACAGAAACAAAAUGCUUUGGAAUCGAAUGUAGCCACCAAUACCAUCAUAACGAAACAUGAAAGAGCCAUACAGCAUCAGGCGGAACCUAUGAAGCAGAAUAAUGCAAAUAAUUCGAAUAAUGUAACAGUGGUAACCACCUCCAAGGAUUAUGCGCUUAACAAUGACAAUAAUAAUUGUACACGCAUAAAUAUCACCAACACAGCGGCGGCAGCAGCAGCUGCAGCGAAUAAUCAAAAUACCAACAAGCUGUCCGCAACAACUACUAAUACCAGACAAGUGGUAUCGGCAUUCAAUUCUCCAGAGAAAAAAUCGGCUGCAUUUCAUGAAAUGCUAAUUUCUGAACUGGCUGCCAUGCGCACCAGAUCAUGUUCUAUGGAAAAUUUGCAAACAACCAAACAAUUGUUGCAGCCACAGUCGCCGCUAUCGGUAAAAGAGUCGACAACGAUUGAUAAACAAUUUCAAAAUUACAAACAAUUCAAAACUCUGGAGAAUCAAUUGAAAGCCAAUAACAAUAAACAACAAGAUCAGCAGCAACAACAACAACAGCAGCAUCAACGAUCACCGCAACAACUAAACAAACAUCAUCAUAAUCACCCUGCUGUUGAUGAUGACAUUGAUGCCGAUAAUAUUGAAGAUGCCGAUGGUGAUGUUGAAGAAGAUCUUAAGAAAUCUCUUAAAGUUAUAACCGACCACAAUUCACCACGCAAACGUACGCCCUCGGGCUGUUCUUCCGAUUCCUCGCCCUAUGGCACUGAACGUUCUGCACGCAUUCGCACCUCCGAUUGGAUUGAGGUGGGCGACAAUGGCAAGCAGGUAACGCUCACCAGUUGUCAUAUUAGUUUGGAGGAUUCCGGUUUGGAGGAUGAAGAACGUAUGGACGAAAUGUCUUCAUCGGGUGUUGGUGAUUCGUGGGACAGUGUUAAGGAGGCUGAGCAACAGCAAAUGCAACAACAACAACAGGCGAAGAGAAGCCGUAAUGUGAAGAGAAUAAUGUCAAUCAAUGAUUUGCCACCGUUACCAAAAAGUCUCAGCGGUAUAAAUAAAAUGUUGGCCUCCGAUUCGGGUCUGGUCAGUGACGUGGAUACCGACAUAAAAAAUACGAAAAAUAAUGAAUUAAUAAAACAAUAUGAAAACCAAAAGGAAAAUAAUAAUAAUUUAAAUAUAAAUAAUAAUAAUAACAGCAACAUUAAUAAUAACAAUAAUGCACUUAAAGAUGCAAGUGAUAAAUUUAACAAUGCGUGUCUGACAACAACAGCGACCGCAACAUCGACGACAACAGCGACCACAUCCACUGCAACAGCGGCGUUAACGACACCAUUAAAAGAAAUAAAUGGCAAUGAAACAAUAUCGGAAAUACCGCCAGCGAUACCGGGUAGUAAAUUGGAUACACAAAUAGCAACAUUACGUAAAGAAAUGUUUGGACUUCGCCAAUUGGAUCUCUCGCUAUUAUCCCAACUGUGGGCCCUUAAUGAUUCCAUCCAAGAAUUUCGCACCAUGAUCCAAGAUCAGGAACAGGACGACGAUGAGACCUAUUCAACACACUCACGUUCACCCUCACCCUACGACUCGGUAUCAUCGGAUGGCGAAGAUGAAAUUUUAACGCUAAAAAGUAAAAGUCGUAUGGAAUUACAAAAUGGCAAUGUUAUUACCACCCAACCGAAACUAACUAAAUCGUAUGCCGCCGAUAACGAAAUGACGAAUCAAACAACGACAACUUCAGAAGCAACAACAUUAUCGUCUCCGUCAUCAUCGUCAUCAACAACAACAUCAACAGCUUCAGCGUUAGCGGACCAACAAAAGUCGCAAUUGUUGAAGCCACCAUUGCCGAAACCGUUGGAUGUGAAGCCGGUGCCACGCAUGCGCAGUGCACCGCCACCACCACCGACUCAUCGCAAAAGUCAAACAGCACCGCCACGACCCACAUGAUGCUACCUCAGCGACUUCUUUGCCGAAGUCAAGAUGGUCAUGUGCAAAGUGAUUGUGGGCGAUGCCAAGAAGAUCGAUGAAUCGAAUAAAUUCAACAAAACCAAUUCAGAACAGCUACAGAAACACAACAAUAAUACGGUUACUAAUGAAAACAAUCAGCAGGUGUUACGAAGGAAUUUAACCAUAGAGGACCAUCCCUAAUAUUAUAGAAAACGUAGAAAAGCAAUAUUUUAUAUUUAUAAGAAAUAAUUCAUACAUAUUAAAAUAGACAACAAAACAAAACUAUUUUUGCCAAAAGUAGAAGGAAAAACAACAAAAAUAUUAUUGAUUAGAGUUAUUUGUUUUAAGUUUAUAGUUUGUUUUUGUAAAAUUUUAAAAUUUUUAUUUAAAAUGAGUUGAUAUUUGCUUGUAAAUGUUAUUAUUAUUAUUAUAAAAUGACACAUCAGAUUGAUUGGUAUUUAGAAAUUUAGUUGAUAUCAUAUAAAUGUAUUUGUUAGUUGUGUAGAUUUGUUUAUUUUAUUUUUUAUUAUUUUAUUAAUUUGUUAAUUGAUUGUUAAGCUUUAGUUUAUUUAAACUUUAAAUUUAUUAUUACUGUUCGUUCUCUCGAAUAUUUUUGAUUUUUUAAAAAAAACUUCAAAAACAAAACUAAUUUUAUUAUUUAACACUGGGGUCCUGGCAAAAGGGUGUCUAUAUAUAUUUGUUUUUAUACGUUUUGAAACAGAAUUUGAUUAACUAUACAACUAUUUACAUAAUUUUCAUUAAAUUUCUCUCAACUAAUUUGUACAUUAUUAUUUUUUUAUUCAUUCUAAGGAGUGCUUUUUAAAAUCGACAUAAGCUAUCUAUAAAAUACAUAAAUAUUUACAUAAAAUAAAGAAUAUUAAACAAGAAUAUAAAACGCUUGGGCUGUUCAUUAUUUUACUUUUAUCAUAAGUAAAACAUACAUUUAACCAUAUUAAAUACUAUAAAUUUAAUAACUUUUUCUGUUCAUUUUUAAUGCAAUUGUAAUUUUAUACUUGAAUAUACUUUGUAGUUUUUAAUGGCUGGAUUGAAUCCAAAACACUUUUUUUUCAAUUGAUUUAAUUUAAUUGGUACGAUAAUAUUCUAUUGUGUAUAUAUACAACAACACCAUAUUAAAAAAAAAUGAAGAAAAAUAAAUAUUUUAAUAAAGAAACAAAUUUAAAUGCUUAAUAAAAAAAUAAAUAAAGAAAAACUGAAUUCAA